AUGGCUGUGGCUCCUCUGCUGGUGGUUUUGGUGCAAACAGCACUAAUGCCAACUGUUUUUGGAGGGGCAUAUUAUGCGCACAAACCACAUCAUCAGCAACACCAGCCAAUACCACAAAUAUCUCACAUGGCCAUGGGAAAAGAGAUACCUCAUAUGCAGUAUCCACACUACAGGAAGGAGAUGAAACAAUUACCUAUGCACAUGAACAAAGGCAAGGACAAAAAGGGAGAGACCAUUCCCAGAGGUGAGCAGGGUAUUCCAGGUGAGACUGGACCACAGGGUCCUCCUGGACCUCAAGGACCUCCAGGACCUGCUGGUCCUCAGGGCACUGGUGUGCCAGGCCCUCUGGGAAAUCCAGGCCUACCUGGCCCCCCAGGAUUGCCUGGAGUUGGUAAACCUGGAAUGCCAGGUAUGCCAGGGAAUCCUGGUGAUACUGGACUACCCGGUCCUCAAGGAGAACAGGGACCCAGUGGAGAAAAGGGGCAAGCAGGUAUACCAGGAUCACCUGGGCCCCCUGGACCCCCAGGGUUGCCAGGAAUUGGGAAGCCAGGUGAGCAAGGACCACGAGGACUGCCAGGAGGCAAAGGAGAACCAGGGCACAAAGGUCUACCUGGUUUGCCAGGCUUGCCUGGGCCAAAAGGGGAAAAAGGAAUAGGACAACUUGGGCCACAAGGACCAAAAGGGCCAGCUGGACCCCCAGGACUCCCAGGGCAUAAAGGACUCCCAGGCAUAUGCAAGCCUGGCAUGCCUGGUUUGCCUGGUCCAGUAGGAACACCAGGAAAACCAGGACCGCCUGGACAACCAGGUCCAAAGGGAACACCUGGUGAAGAGGGCCAACAAGGGCCACAAGGGCUUCCUGGCAUUGGGAAACAAGGACAGACUGGAUUACCAGGACAACCAGGUGCUCCUGGUGAAAAAGGAUUGCCAGGUCCACCAGGUUUGCCAGGGAAGCCUGGAUUACCUGGAUUUGGCAAACCAGGAUACCCUGGCCCAAAGGGUGACAAAGGAAUGGGAGGACUACCUGGUGCUCCAGGACCAAAAGGAGACAAAGGAUAUGGAGGUCCUCCAGGUAUGACAGGGCCCACUGGACCUAGUGGUCCCCCUGGGCCUCCAGGACCAAUGGGGCCUCCAGGUAGUGUGGGUGUGCCAGGGCCUAAAGGAGAAGAAGGUGAAGGUGGACCAAAAGGGGAACAGGGACCUAUGGGAGAGCCUGGGCCUUCAGGAUUGCCAGGUCAACCAGGUCAACCAGGUGAGGAUGGUGAGCCUGGUCCUCAAGGACCACCAGGACCUAUAGGUCCCAAAGGAGAAGGAGGAGAGAAGGGUUUACUUGGGCCUCCUGGUCCACCUGGACUGCCUGGUCUAAAAGGAGAAAGUGGCACACCUGGUCCUGAAGGGCCACAAGGUCCUAAUGGCAUUCCAGGUCUUACAGGACCAGGAGGACCAAUUGGACUACCAGGUCCCCCUGGGCCUAAAGGUGAGAAUGGCCCUCCUGGUCAAGCUGGUCCUCCAGGUGAGGGAAGCACUGGUGCUCCUGGGCCUGUUGGUCCUCCUGGUGCAGAAGGUCCAAGUGGCCCCCCAGGACAGCCAGGACAUCCAGGUCUUCCAGGUCCCCCAGGACCCCCUGGACCACCUGCUGUGUCCCCUGAUAUGAUGGGUGUUCUGUCAGAGAUGGGGCCAGCUCUUGAUGGAGUGAAGACUGGUGGAUACAAAAAGGGAAAAUAUGGAGGUGGAGGUGAUGUAAUGGGUGCUAAUGGUCUAGAAAUGCCUGCUUUUACUGCUCAACUGACCACACCUUUUCCUCCUGUUGGUGCACCAGUAGUGUUUGACAAGCUGCUGUACAAUGGGCGACAGAACUACAAUCCACAGACCGGAGUGUUCACCUGUGACCUUCCUGGCAUCUAUUACUUCUCAUAUCACGUGCAUUGCAAGGGAGCCAAUGUAUGGGUGGGUCUGUAUCGAAAUGGAGAGCCCUUGAUGUACACAUAUGAUGAGUACAAGAAGGGCAUUCUAGACCAGGCAUCUGGCAGUGCUGUGGUUCCUUUGCAACCAGGAGAUACUGUUCACAUCCAGCUACCAUCUGACCAGGCAGCUGGACUCUAUGCAGGGCAAUAUGUCCACUCCUCUUUCUCUGGCUUCCUACUCUACCCCAUGUAG